AUGGGUGUCGGGUGCAAGUUCAUAAUCGGGUUAUCUGUGUUAUUGUCGUUGUUUGAUGGGACCGUACAGCUAACUGCCGCUGAAAACUUGGCGGCUGUGAAUGCGCUUUUGAAAAACAACCCGUCCCUCGACCUUAGCACCUAUGCAAAUUGGACCGGAAAAUGUUCCGGAAAAUCCGUAUCCACCGGCACGCUCAACGAUGUGCAGUCGAUCUCGCUAAAUAACUCGCCGAAAACCGCCACCGGCGUUAGCUUCCAACUUCCGGAUAUUGUCGUGGUCACGACAACAACCACUACGACGACAAAGGCCACGACGACUACGACAACAGCUAAAAUAACGACUAAUAAGCCAAUACCACAGCUGCAAGUUCAAGACGCUGCCACAUUGGCCAAGGCUACGACCACUACGCCAACUACUACAACGGCGUUACCAGCGGUUGGCGAUCUCAACAAUCAAGUCGGGCUGAAGCGGGAUCCACUCUCAGCUACUGCCAUUGAUGACGACUCAAAGGAGACUCCAACGAGUGCGACGAAAAAGGCCCCGAACGAUAUGAAGAAGCUAAUUCUUGCUCUCUUGGCCUUCUGCGCUGUAUUUGCCUACGCCGAAGCGAAUUGCUAUGACAAUUGGAGUCGUUGCACGCCGCAGACGAGCUUUGGGACCGGUAUCCUAUGGAAAUCCUGCCCGGACUAUUGUCGUCGCUGCAAGGGAAAAUCGAACGGCCGAUGUGUCGAGGUCCACAAUAAGGAAUGCAGUGGCGGAUAUCAAUGCCAGUGCUCCGGAGCCGACGUCGGGAUCGAUCAGAAUCCGCUUGUCGUCGCUACUUGCAAACUGGGACUG